AUGGAUAAGGAAAAUUAUCGUUUCUACAUUAAAGUGCGUACCGCACUUGGUAUUUCACCAACACUUAUUCGUGAUGAAUUAAUGACAGUCUUCGGCGACGAAGCUCCAUCCUACGCGACUGUUGCCAGAUGGGCUCAAUGGUUUCGCGAAGGUCGAGAAGAGAUCGAAGAUGAAGCGCGACCAGGAAGACCAAUGACCGAGACGACUGAUGAAAAUAUCGAACAAAUUCACGACGCUAUUAAUGACGACCCAUAUGUGACAAUUGAGGAGCUGCAAGAAAAUACUGGUCUGAGUCAUGAGACUAUUCAUAGAAUAAUCUCAGAUCAUUUGAAACUCAAAAAAUUUACGGCUCGGUAUAGACCCAAACGCCUGACCACUUCUCAAUGGGCUGAACGAGUUCGAAUAUGUAAAGAAAAUUUAGCAAAAUUCGAACAAGGAACGUGGAGAUUAUGCGAUGUGGUGAUGGGGGAUGAAUCUUGGUUUUAUCAUAAACAAAUUGGUCGGAAAGCAUCGAAUGCUGCUUGGGUGGCAACGGGAGAUCGCCCACCAACAAUUGUUCGACGUAGUCGUUUUGCUCCGAGAACAUCGUUAUGCAUUUUUUAA